GCAAAAGAAGAGCGUCCCGCUCGUCUCUUCGUCCACAUUCUGCGGUUGUUUCGGUUCAGUCUCUUCUUCUCGGUCGCUGGGAAAGAGACGAGUCUUUUUUUCUCUCUCGCUCUCUCUCUUCGUCCAUAGUCGGGAGGAGGAGGAGGAGGAGGAGGUGGAGUUCACUGUGUGCUUCAACUCCGGGGGAACCAGGCAUCUGCUGCAAUGUUGACACGCAGCUGAAAGGACACAAUCUGCUGGCGCCGAUUACAUGACAGCACACCAUCAGCCAUGGAGUCUAUCAAAUCUGUGACCCUGUGGAUAUUUUGCUUGUGUCUCUUUGGGAAAAGUUUGACUGAAAAACCAAGUUCGCCCAUGCUGGACAGUCCAGUCGUAGAGAAUGGGAUGUCAGAUUUUUGUCGCAUCGAUGACUCACUGUGCAAGGAUGACAACGCACUCCUCAGCUUCGAGGCCAUCCGUAAUAUCCACAAGCAGAUGGACGAUGACGCCAACGGCAAUGUAGACGUGGCGGAGACGGAUGGCUUCCUGAGAGAAGAUCUUAACUACCAUGACCCGAAGGCCAAGCAUAACACUUUCCACGGGGAUGACCAGCUCAUCAGUGUGGAGGACCUUUGGAAUGCGUGGAAAGGCUCUGAAGUGUAUAACUGGACAGUGGAUGAGGUGGUGGAGUGGCUCAUCACCUACGUGGAGCUGCCACAAUAUGUGGAUGCGUUUCGCAAGAUGAACUUUAAUGGAAGUGCCAUGCCGAGGCUUGCCAUUAAAAACGCCACUCUGACUCUGUCUGUUCUGAAGAUUUUGGAUCGUAGCCACGUGCAAAAGUUGCAGCUCAAGGCUUUGGACACAGUUCUGUUUGGAGCACCUCUGAUGAAUAGACAUAACCACUUGAAGGACUUCAUGCUGGUCGUGUCGAUAGUCAUAGGCAUGGGUGGCUGCUGGUUUGCCUACAUCCAGAAUCGCUACUCAAAGGACCACAUGAAGAAGAUGAUGAAGGACCUGGAGGGCCUGCAGAGAGCUGAGCAGAGUCUGCAUGACCUGCAGCAGAAGCUGCAGAUCGCCCAGGAAGAGCACCGUACAGUGGAGGUGGAGAAGGUGAACCUGGAGCAGAAACUGAGGGAUGAGAUCAACACGGCCAAGCAGGAGGCCCAGCGACUGAGAGAGCUGCGAGAGGGCACAGAGAACGAACUGAGUCGCCAGAAGUAUGCAGAAGAAGAACUGGAACAGGUCCGAAUGGCUCUGAAGAAAGCCGAGAAGGAGCUGGAGUCUCACAGCAGCUGGUCGCCACCAGAUUCUCUCCAGAAGUGGUUACAGCUCACCCAUGAGGUGGAAGUGCAGUACUACAACAUCAAGAAGCAAAAUGCUGAACGGCAACUCCUGGUCGCCAAAGAAGGGGCAGAGAAGAUAAAGAAAAAGAGGAACACUCUUUUUGGGACUUUCCACGUGGCUCACAGCUCCUCUCUGGAUGAUGUGGACCACAAGAUCCUGGCAGCAAAACAAGCCCUCGGUGAGGUCACGGCUGCGUUGCGGGAGAGGCUUCAUCGCUGGCAGCAGAUUGAGAUCCUCACGGGUUUCACCAUCGUCAACAACCCGGGCCUGCCCUCGCUGGCUUCAUCCCUCAACCUGGACCCCACCUUCAUGGGCGGCAGAGCGACGCCGCAGCACUUCAUCAUGUCCGACGACAUGGACGACUUGGACGAGGAUAUCAUGCCCGGAACUCUGCAAUCUCCCAGUAUGAUGUCUCUGCGCCAACGCCACAUUGACCCCCAGCUGGCCAUGGGCUCCCAGAGGGACUUAAAUCGCUCCGACUCCGACUCCUCCCUGUCCCUCUCUCAAGUUGGCGAUCGGCUCGCUGCCUACAGCUCCAAGGGCCACAUAAUCAAGCCCACGUCUCUCAUGUACGGGCUGUCCGGCCGUGCGGAAGAUUCCGUCUCGCUGCACGCUUACACCCCUAACGGAGGGAACCGCAUUCAGGAGGGCAGCCCCGCCGAGUUCGCCGCCGACAGCCCCCUGCUCAUGAAGAAGUUGUACGGCAUGGAACAGUCGCCCAGUCCGGGAGACGUCAACAGUCUGACGGAGUCGUCCCGCUCCCUCAGCCCCAACUCCACCGAACCUGACACGCCGUCACCGACGGGAGGGCAGCUCGGGUCCGCGGCGUCCAAGAGCAACAGUCGCAUCCCGCAGCUGACGUCCAAGAAGAGCCCGCUGGAAGAGGACAGCGGCUCAACGGGAGAAGACACAGAUUCCACUGCCAGCCGCAAGAAACACACCUUCAAGAUCUUCAAGAAACCGAAGAAGUAAGGGGGCGACGUGAACUACAAGGCAAAUCAAAGCUGUUAAAGACUGUAUCUGUUUUUGGAGAAAAAGAGAAGAAGUUUGGGUCAGGGUUUAGUGAAAUGAUGCAUCGUUGUGUAGGUAUGUCUUGGUGUAGGACGCCUACUGUGAGAAACUGGACCGUGGGAGCAAGUAGCCGUUCUGUUUUAUCUGCGUCGAUCUACGUUGAAUAUGUGGGAGAAUGGGGUAGAUUUGUAUAUUGGAAUGUAUAGAAUUAUUUAUUCAGCAGGAAAACUCGUGCCAGUCUCGGAGGGAAACUGGUCUCCCAGUUGUUGUUUUUUCCUUUCUUGUUCUAAAAAUCUAUAACAUUUUUUGCAUGUCUUCUCUUUUGUUUUGAUUGAUAACGCGAAUGCUUAGUGUUUGCUUGGUUCUCGUCGUCGACUUGCGUGGACAACACUCGAUGUUUAUUUGAUUACUACCUAGCCACCUUGCCUAUGAAUCCAAAGUGAAUGCACACCUUUUUGUUUUUACUUUGUUUUUAUUGAUGGUUACACGUUUUCUUGUCUUUUGUUGUCGUCUUGCUGGCAGAACAAAGUAACGCAUUCUGGAAGUCCUCUGGAGAAGUGGAGUUAGUCUAAGAUUUCCCCCUUUUUGGCUGUCGAAAAUGGUGUAAAAUGGUGAAAAAACAACUUGGAUUUAAUCUGCAAAAGAGGGUUUGGGGCGAGAGGUAAAUCUGUCGUCACAGAUUGACCGUCAGAUUUUAGUUAGGGGGCUUUUGGGUCAAGGGUUUUUGUUUAAUAUAAUGGUUGAAUUUAAUGCCAAAGCUUAUCUUUAAUUACAUUUUGCGGUUGAUAGUAACUGUAUAUGUUAUAUCACUGAACCAGGAGGGAAAACAAGUGUUACAAUUUUUUUCAGUUAAAUGUCCAACAAGGAUGUUGGUAUCUAUUUUGUAUUUUCCCGAAGCAGAAGUGCUACCAGAAUCAGAAAUGACCAAAAUUUUAAACCUGACGUACACUGGACAAUAUACAAGAUGUCUGUCAAUGACCUAAAUGCGUUUUUUUUCAUCCUUUCAGACUUUAAAAAAAGGAAAAUCUCUUACAGAAAGGAAUACAACACUUUCAAUUUCAAGUCUAUGAUUUCUAUCCUGUUUCUGGUUGAUUGUGUUUUAAUGAUUUAAGUGGACGAUGAAAACUUCCCGGCAGUUUGUCGCUGAGGGCUGGGCGCUGGUAAGGGCUAAACUACAAGGCAAAAGCAUUUGCUCUGUAUGAAUUUAAAAAAAAAAAAACAAGAAAAAAUUGUGUUACAACCAUGUUGCCGUUCAACUUCUGUGGAAGCACAACAAGUUGUGGAGGCAGGAGACCAAUCAUGUCCAUGUGCCAAAUCUCCUUCUGUUUGAGGCCUUUGUAUUUAUAGUGUGUUCGGCCAUUUGAGCCUCAUAUUAUAUACAAAAAAAAAUACACAAAACUACACAAUAUAUACUUUAUAUCCUGCGUAGGGCUGGGUAUUGAACGUCAAUAUGUUUGGGGUGUCAACUGAACUUCGAGCUAGGUGUUGAUUUUCAUUGCGUUUGUGGCAUUGACCAAAUUUCGGGCCGGGUAUCAAGCUUCAAUUUGUUUGUAGUAUCGGCCGAAUUUUUGGCAGGGUAUCAAAUGUCAAUACUUUUGUGGUAUCGACAAAACUUUGGGUUCUUUUAGGUAUUGAUUGAACUUCAGGCUGGGUUUGUAUGGUACUUCACUUUGUCUGUAGUCAAAGCUUUGGCAGGCUAUCAAAUUUCAGCACUUUAGCGGUAUCGACCAAACUUUAGCGUUUACUAAACUUUAGGGUUUAGUGUUGAUCUUCGAUAUCUUUUCUGGCAUUGGUAGAUCUUCAGGCUCUGUAUUGAACAUCAAUUUGUUUGUAUGAUCGACCAAACCUUGGGUUUAGUGUUGAACUUCGAUUUGUGGGAUCGAUAGAACUUCAGGCUGGGUAUUGAACUCCACUUUGGCAGGCUAUCAAAUUUCAGUACGCUAGUAGUAUCGACCAAACCUUGGGUUUAACGUUGAACUUCGAUAUCGGUAGAACUUCAGGCUGGGUAUUGAACUUCAGUUUAUGUGUGGUAUUGACCUAAUUUUGGGUUUCAUAUAAGAUUUCAAAACUUUUGUGGUAUUAACAAAACUUCAGUCUUGGUGUGGAACUUCAAUUUGUUUGUUGUAUCAACCAAACCUUGGGUUUAGUGUUGAACUUCGAUACAUUUUUGGGAUCAACAGAACUUUGGGCUGAGUAUUGAACUCCAAUUUGGCAGGCUAUCAAAUUUCAGUACUUUAGUGUUAUCGACCAAACUUUGGGGUUUAGCUUUGAACUUCAGUAUGUUUGUGGGUUUGACAGAACUUCGGGCUGGGUAUUCCGCUUCAAUUUAUCCGUGGUAUUGACCGAAUUUUGGGUUUCAUAUAAGAUUUCAAAACAUUUGUUGUAUGGGCAGAACUUCAGGCUUGGCUUUGAUUCUCCAUUGUGUUUGUGGUGUUAGACAAACACCACAAACGCACUGUGUGUCAAACUUCAACGUGUUUGUGGCAUUGACUGAACUUCAAGCUACGUAUGAAACCUAAAUUUGUUUGUGUUAUCGACCGAUCUUGGGCUCUGCCGUCAAACUUCAAUACAUUAGGGGUAUCGACUAAACUUUGGCCUGGGUAAUGAACUUCAUUUAGCUUGUUGUAUUGACCGAACUUCGGGUUUCCUAUGGAUUGAUUUUCGUUGCGUUUGUGGUGUUGGCUGAACACCACUAACAGACUGGGUAUCAAACUUCGAUAAAGUAGGGGUUUCAGCCAAACUUUGGGCUGGGUAAUGAACUUCAUCUAUCUUGUGGUAUUGACCGAACCCUGGGGGGUUUCCUAUUGAACUCCAAUAUUGGUAACGACUGAAUUUCAGGCUGGGUAUCAAACUUAUAAUAAUCAUUUAUCAGCGGCAGUUAGCAUGCAGCAUACCGCUAAGCGCUAAGUCUCAAAGGUUUUACCGUAAUGUUUUUGUUGGGUAAAAACUGAGGGAUUGGUAUCAAUUCCAGGUAUCGAUUGAUAUCUUAUCAAAAAAAAAAAAAUACCCAGCUCUAAUUGGUUGGACACUGAAUUGUCCACACACACAAUUUCUUUAAUCGUAUCAUCAGUAUGUUUACAUCUGUUACAGGUAAUCCCUCUCCUCGGAUUACCACGGCAGAGAACACAGUGCCAGUUUUUGAGUAUCGGCGGCUUCGUAGGAGCACUUGAACUAUGCAUCAGUAGUUGUAGGUGAUUACUAAAGUAGUACGGACACCGUUAUGGCGAAGUCUUAGCGGUGAUCCGGAUCAAUGAACAACCAAAAAGUGCUGCAGAAGACGAGUCGGCCGUCCCCAGCCUCGUAAUGUAACCGGUGGUUUGGAUGUAAAAGACGUGUUAACAAUGUCACUGAGAAGAAACCAGGUGUUUAAAAAAAUAAUAAUAAUUUCCUAAUGGUACUUUUAUAAAGUGUUUGUACCUCUUUUGCACGACAGAGCUGUAAAUGGAUUAUGCCAUCUGAAUGUGUGUGUGACUGUGUGUGUGUGUGUGUCCGUCUGCACCCGGCACAAUGCACUGUAACGUUGAUGCAUGUCAACCGCUGUAACGAUAAAAACCUAUAUUGGGUUUAAAGAGCAGCUUAAGCUCUUGUUACUCCUGUUUUUUUCUUUCUUCUUCUUCUUCUUCUCUUUGUCUUCACUCUGAGCUUCUAUUUAUGAAACACACACAGUAUAUUUGUACAGAGAAAAUGAUAAUUUUGCAUCUUCUGUGAUGGUCUAGACUUUUACUGAACUCCUGCAUGAGAGCAAUAAACUAUUUUGAAUGAAA